CCGGGUUGCAUGGCUCUGUGUGGAGCCGCGUUCCGCGGGCGCCGAGGCGGAGGGGCUCCGCUGCGCGCCGCGUCUCGCUCCGGCCCAGCGGCGCGCUGCCCGCACGCCCGCCGGCCCCACCGAGGUCACUAUCACAUGACAAAGGCUUUGAGACAGCUUCAUCUUCAUCUGUCUGUAAUUUCCAGUUGCCCUUCUGGGUCACAGUAAUGAAAGGCAGUAGUAGGAGUAAGGAUCACUCGACAGAAGGAGAAGGAACUGGGAAGCGACCAAAAAGAAAGUGUCUUCAGUGGCAUCCCCUGCUUGCCAAGAAACUCCUUGACUUCUCUGAAGAGGAGGAGGAGGAAGAAGAGGAGGAAGAUAUUGAUAAGGUGCCACUCCUUGGUGCUGAUGGUUUAGAGCAGGAUGCUGAUGAGACCGAAGAUGAGGAGUCCUCGGAGCAGCGAGCUCGCCGGCCCAUGAACGCGUUUCUCUUGUUCUGCAAACGCCAUCGCUCGCUGGUGCGGAAGGAACACCCGCGGCUCGACAACCGUGGCGCCACCAAGAUCCUGGCAGACUGGUGGGCUGUUCUAGAUCCAAAAGAGAAGCAGAAAUACACUGACAUGGCUAAGGAGUACAAAGAUGCAUUUAUGAAGGCAAAUCCAGGGUACAAGUGGUGCCCAACCACAAACAAACCUGUGAAAACCCAGACAUCCACUGUUGCAAGCAGGAAAAAGCUGUGGGCCUUUGCAUCAGAAUCUACAAAAGAUUUGCCCAGCCCAAGGAAAGGGGCAAAAAAUGAAGAAAUGCCCCAGCUUAACUUUGGGAUGGCAGAUCCUACACAAAUGGGAGGCCUGAGUAUGCUGCUUCUAGCAGGGGAACAUGCCCUGACUGCACAAGAGGUUCCCUCAAGUACUUUCCAGUCAGUUGCAACAAAUUCUACAGAAGCAUGUCAAAAGUCAUCAUUGUUUCAAUUUGCAGAGAUCUCUUCAAGCACAUCCCAGCCUGCAGUCCCAGGACCUGGUAAACACACUGAGGACUCUGCUUUGUUCCAGUUUGCUGAGAUCUCCUCAAAUACUUCCCAGUUGUCAAGUCCUGAGUCAGUAAAGCUCUGUGGGAAGUCGGCUCUCUUCCAGUUGGCAGAGAUUUCUUCAAGUACAUCCCAUUCAAGUCCUUCUGAUUUAACAAAGCAGUGUGGAACAUCAGCAUUAUUUCAGCUUGCAGAGAUGUGCCUUGCUUCAGAAGGAGUGAAAGUGAUGAAAGAGCCUGGGAAAACUGAAGUGGAAGCAUCAGGAGAUGUGGGAGGGGAAGUCCCAGAGGAAAUGGAAGUAGAACUGGAGAAAACAAUAGCAAAGGACUCCUGUAAGGGAAAAGUAGAACUGUCUGAGAUAGAGAAAAUGCAAAAGUGGGAUGAGUCAAAAGCUGAGGAACCAGAAGCAGCAAAAUGCAGAGAUUUGACGAGCUUUGCCACGGAGAACAGUCGCUUUGAGAGGAACGACACCACAAAGGGUCACAUCUGCUGUUCUCCGGAGCUUUCCAUGGCUGACAUGAAUCUCCUGGGGCUAAAGCCAGAAAAGAUAAAGAAGAAAAAGAAAAAAAACAAGUUGGAGAGGCACACAAGUGAGAAAUCCACCCCUAAGAAGCCUUGUAAAAAGAGGCAGUCCUCCGAGUCGGACAUUGAGAGCGUGAUGUACACCAUCGAGGCGGUGGCCAAGGGGGACUGGGGCGCAGAGAGACUGGCAGAAACUCCCCGCAAAAAGCCUCGCCCUGUCCCCAGCCUGAAGGGGAGCCUGUUGGACACAAAAUCACCAAAGAAAAAAGUGAAGUCAAAAGAGAAGAAAACAUCAAAGGAGAAACCCGUGGAGACCACCAAAGAAUCCAAACCUCCUGAUUUCCUUAAUAUUGCAGCCAGCAAGGAGGUACCCUGUGAGGCUUCUGAUAGCAUUAAAGUGGAACCACUGACCCCGACAGAGGAGGUGGUACCCCAAAGCUUACCAGGACAGGUCAAAACUGAGGACAGUGACUGUCUUAAAAAGAUAGAAACCUGUGGCUCCAGGAAAUCAGAGAGAUCUUGCAAAGGUGCUCUUUAUAAAACUCUGGUGUCAGAGGGCAUGCUCACAUCUCUACGCGCUAAUGUGGACAGAGGAAAAAGAAGCUCAGGAAAAGGCAACUCCUCAGAUCAUGAAGGAUGCUGGAAUGAAGAAAACUGGGCUUUUUCCCAAAGUGGGACAAGUGGGAACAAAAAACUGAAAAGGCCUAAGCAAAAGGAGGAGUUUGGUUUCGGCUUAGCAAAGUUGGAAGAAGAAUUUGAAAAGAAAUUCAACAGCCUCCCUCAAUACAGUCCUAUUACCUUUGACAGGAAAAACUCAGCUGUCCCAAGGAAAAAGAGAAAGGUUGGAAGCGGCUCGUCUGAACACCCAAAGUCCAACAAAGGUUCAUUCCAGUCUAAGAAAAAGAACUUACUCCACAAAAUUGUCACCAAAUGUAAGCACAAAAAGGAGAAGCAUAAUGUUCCGGACACAGCCAUACUCUCAGAAGACAGAAAUUCCAGUGAGUCUGCCUGGAAGAGCAAAUUCUCUCUAUCUGCCCUAAACACUCCAGAGCCAGCAAUGAUGCAUGAGCCUUUAGUUGGCAGCCAGAAGAGGAAAGCAAGGAAAACUAAGAUCACACAUCUUGUCCGAACAGCAGAUGGCCGAGUCUCGCCAGCAGGAGGGACAGUGGAUGAGAAGCCAAAAGAGCUGCCACAAAGUACUCUUCAAAAAACAUCAAGUGCAGAAACAGAUUGCAACAGUGAAUGCUCCAGAAGUGCAGAGACAGAAGAAAAUCAUAGUAUUACAUCAGAUAUGCCAGCAGUGUCUGCAUUCUUUAGUUUAGCUGCUCUGGCAGAAGUAGCAGCCAUGGAAAAUGUGCACAGAAGUCAGAGGGCCACACCUCUCCCACACGAUGGACAGCCAAAUGAAAUGUCUCAGGCUCCAGUGCUUAUUUCCUGCGCUGACCAGUGAAGCUCCACUUUAUUGUAAAACAUUGUGCUUUACCUAAUCUCCUAGCCUUGUCUUUACCAAGGGAAGCUAGUCAGUCCAUGGGAUGGAAACUAUAGACUGCAAGCAAGUGCUUAUUGCUCUGAGUGGCCCAGAAUUCACUGGAAGCCAGACCUUAGCAACUUGGGCCAGGUCCUCAAAUCGGGAACCCAGUAUGUAGGAGGGUGAUAUUAAUUAUCUUUUAAUGAACAGAAGUGGAAUGAUCCUAGAGCUUGCUUUCUAUUGAAGGCUUUUAAACAGUUUGGAUAGGUGGUUGGUGUGAUUAAAAACAACAACAACAACAACAAAAAAAAGGCUGCCUUUACUGUUAGCUCACACAGCAUCUCUUGUACCAACCCGAGAGUAUGGCAACUAGUUUCAUGUAAUACCUAGUUAUUCUAAAUGAAAAGUUUAAAAAACCAACAGCAACACAAAA